UUGGCUGCAGGAUGCGCGCACACGAGGGCUCCCCUUCCUGGUUCAAAUCGAAGCGCCUCCCCGCCACCCACAGACAAACCUCUUGACAAGGACCAAGUGCCGAACCGUCCCGGGACCCAGAGCCAAGCACCCUCCGAACGCCCUGCCGCCGAGAUGUGGAAAUCUGCAGUGGGCCAUAAUGUCAAAGUGGAAAUGGAGAAGGAUGGAGACGAUUGGGAAACAGAUCCUGACUUUGUUAAUGACAUUUCAGAACAGGAGCAGCGAUGGGGAGCGAAGACUGUCGAUGGGUCAGGCCGGCCCCAGCACAUCAAUGUCCAUGAGCUGAGGCAGAAUGUCUCAAAAGAUCAUGAGACCAUAAAGAAGAAGGAGCUGGAUGAGGGUUCGAAAGCGUCGUAUGGUUAUGGUGGGAAGUUUGGGGUUCAGAAGGAUCGUAUGGACAAGUCUGCCUUAGGAAAUGAGUACGUAGCAGAUGUUGCAAAACAUUCAUCACAGACCGACGCAGCCAAGGGAUUUGGUGGGAAGUUCGGAGUUCAAAAAGAUCGGACGGACAAGUCUGCCAUGGGAUAUGAGUACAAAGGAGAAGUGGACAAGCAUGCUUCACAGAAAGAUUAUGCGAAAGGAUUUGGUGGGAAAUACGGAGUUGAAAAGGAUAAAGUGGAUAAAUCUGCUUUGGGAUAUGAUUACAAAGGAGUGACUGAGAAACAUGAUUCACAGAAAGAUUAUGCCAAAGGAUUUGGAGGGAAAUAUGGUGUUGAAAAGGACAAGGUGGAUAAAUCGGCUAUGGGAUAUGACUACAAAGGAGUAACUGAGAAACAUGAUUCACAGAAAGAUUAUGCGAAAGGAUUUGGAGGAAAGUUUGGAGUACAGAAGGACCAUCAGGAUAAAGCUGCCCAUGGUUGGGAUCAUAAAGAGGAUGUGAAGCUUCACGAAUCACAGACAGAUCAUGCCAAGGGCUUUGGUGGGCGAUAUGGGGUACAGCAGGACCGGAUGGACAAGAACGCAGCCUCUUUCACUGAGAUGGAGAGUCCAACAUCAUCCUAUCAGAAGACAACGCCAGUGGAAGCUGCCAGCAGUGGUGCAAGCAGUCUGAAGGCAAGGUUUGAGAACAUGGCCAAAGCCAGUGAAGAAGAUAACAAAAAGAGAGCAGAGGAGGAGCGUGCUCGGAGACAGGUCCGAGAGAGACAGGAGCGGGAGGAGGCGCAGAGAAAGCAGCAGGAGCAAGUCAAGCAGGAGCAAGAGGCAGAAAUACCGGAACCCAGGAAGACCAAUCAGCUUCCACCAGUUCCCCGGAGCCGAGGUCAGAAACCUGUGAAUAAACCUGAGCCAGAACCAGAACUGGAACCAGAACCAGAACCAGAACCAGAACCAGAACCAGAGCCAGAACCAGAGCCAGAACCAGAGCCAGAGGAAUCCCCUGUCUAUGAUAACCCUGAUACUUACUGUGAGGAGGAGAAUGACGAAAACACUGUGGACUAUGAAAAUAUUGUGGACAUAUCUCAGCAGCCCGUCCCCAAGGAGGAUGUGGAGGACCAGGGAAACUAUGAGGAGCUGAUGCCAAUCCAAGUAAUGGCCAAAGCUGGUGAAGAGAAUAUUUAUGACAUUGCAGAUAAUGGUGUGACUGCAGUUGCUCUGUACGAUUACCAAGGAGAGGGCAACGAUGAAAUCUCCUUUGAUCCCAAUGACAUCAUCACAAACAUCGAGAUGAUUGAUGAGGGCUGGUGGCAAGGGCAAUGCCAUGGCAAAGUCGGACUCUUCCCAGCCAAUUAUGUGAAGCUGACACAGUGAGCGCUGACCAAUCACAUUGGGUUCACUUCACCAUUCUAUAAAUACCAAAUCUUCAAACGUUUGGACACUGUAUUUGAAACUCUUUAUGAUUUCAAUUAUUUUGUACUUGGCAAGCAUAAAUAUUUUUUCUCUCUCAUUGAAACCUAAAUCCUGCUGUUCCCAUGAUUGAAACAGUUUGACCUGGAGAUCCCAGCACAGAAAGUGGGCGUUCUGCCCCUCGCUUGUGUGCCAUUGUAAACUCUUUAGCCAGAGCUGCCUUAUCAAAUACCAUUUCCCCGUAUCCUUUUAUAUUUUUCCUUUGCAAAUUCUAACCUAAUUGCCAAACUUGCUGGCUUGGUUUGGGGAGCAAGUGCCUCAACUUUCCAUUCAUCCGGCCUCACAUUUUGCCAUUCAGUGUGGAAUAUGGGACCCUGUUUGGACUUGCUCACCACAAAUUAAACUGGUGGAUACACAACUCUGAGUAAUUAAGUUUUUUUUAUAUGUCAGGCACAUUGCAGCCUACUCUCUCUUAUGGUGCUCUGUAAAAAAACUCUUCCUCAUUCAGAUGCAGCAGUAAAUUGGUAAAUGGACAUUGUGAUAACAUCCAGUUGUUAAUUGACUCUAAUUUGUUCCAUCCGCCUUUAUCUUCAAGGCACUCAAUAUGGUUAACAGGAUGAUCAAUUGUCCUGUAUUUUAAGGGAUUGUUCAUUGUUUUGACUGUCCCAUGUCCUUUAAGGGAUGCUUUUUGUUUCUUAUUUCCAGGAUAGCCUGUGGGAGACUGAGCUGGGAGUCUCCUCUUGCCUUUGCCUCUUUGUUUACUUGGUGAGUAUGCUACUGUGGCCAUUGGCCACCAGUGGGAAUUGUGAUCACCAGCACACCCCCACCCGACCUUGGUCCUACAGUUGAAGUGUCCCUUAUAUUAUUUCACAAGAGUCGGUCACCCUGACAGUCAAUCUUUCCUUUUUACCUUUCCUUACUGAUUUGUUGGUAUAACGUGGGCUGCGGAUGUCCUAUAAAUCACUAUCGCCCCUGACUCUACAGCACAUCAGCCUCUUACAAAAUCAACUGGUCACAUUGCAGUUGGGCAUUUCUUAAUUACUGUUCAACUGGACAGUGACAGUCCAACUCAAAACUUCACUCAUGCAGCUUUUGUGAUGAUGACAGCUAUCCUUGUGGAUAAAUACAAACAAUGACCCAUUCCAGCUAACAAAACUACCUGGGGAGCUGUGUGGUUUGCUCACAGUUUUCCAAGAUGCUGGAAUUAUAAGCUGAUUCUACAUACGCUAAAUAAAAAUGUUCAAAUCUU